GCUCGCUCCUCCCUGCCCGAGAGCUGCGGCGGCGGGGCCCGGUGGGUGCAGAGCGAGCCCGGGGGAGCGAGCCCGGCCCGGCCCGGCCCCGCACCAUGGCCUGGACCAAGUACCAGCUCUUCCUGGCCGGCCUCAUGCUGCUCACCGGCUCCAUCAACACCCUCUCGGCCAAAUGGGCUGACAACUUCACCGCGGGGGGCUGCGGCGGGAGUGCAGAGCACAGCUUCCAGCAUCCCUUCCUCCAGGCCGUGGGAAUGUUCCUGGGCGAAUUCUCCUGCCUGGCUGCCUUCUACAUCCUGCUCUGCAGGGACCGGCAGAGAGCAGAGCCCAGUCUGGCCCCCGCGCAGCCCUUCAACCCGCUGCUUUUCCUGCCCCCGGCGCUGUGUGACAUGACUGGGACCAGCAUCAUGUAUGUGGCCCUGAACAUGACCAGCGCCUCCAGCUUCCAGAUGCUGCGCGGGGCAGUGAUCAUCUUCACCGGGCUGCUCUCGGUGGCCUUCCUGGGCCGCAAGCUGGUGCCAAGCCAGUGGCUGGGGAUCCUGGUCACCAUGGCCGGGCUGGUGGUGGUCGGGCUGGCGGACAUGCUCGGCACCCGUGACGAGACACACAAGCUGAGCGAGGUCAUCACAGGUGAUCUGCUCAUCAUCAUGGCCCAGGUGAUCGUCGCCAUUCAGAUGGUGCUGGAGGAGAAGUUCAUCUACAAACACGACGUGCAUCCGCUGCGGGCCGUCGGCACGGAGGGUUUCUUCGGCUUCGUCAUCCUGUCCCUGCUUCUGAUCCCCAUGUACUACAUCCCGGCGGGCAACUUUGGCGGCAACCCGCGGCAGGUGCUGGAGGACACGCUGGAUGCCUUCUGCCAGAUCGGCCGCCAGCCCCUCAUUGCCCUGGCCCUGGCGGGCAACAUCAGCAGCAUCGCCUUCUUCAACUUCGCCGGCAUCAGCGUCACCAAGGAGAUCAGCGCCACCACCCGCAUGGUGCUGGACAGCCUGCGCACCGUGGUCAUCUGGGCCGUCAGCCUGGCUGUGGGCUGGGAGACCUUCCACGGCCUGGAGAUCCUGGGGUUUCUCAUCCUCCUGACUGGCGCCGCCCUCUACAACGGCCUGCACCAGCCCCUGCUCGCCAGACUGCCCUGGCGCCGGCCCCCGGCGGGUGCCCUGGGCUCUGAGGCCGAGAGGGAGAAUCUGCUGGGAGGGGAGAGGGCACCCAUCAACGGGGACAGCUGAGGAGCCGGACUCCAUUGGGUAUGGACGCCAGAUCCCAGCACCCCUUCAUCCCCUGGCACGGGCUGGGACACCGGAGCCUGCCUCUCUGUACUCUGUUGGCUCUCCUGGGCCUCAGGCGUUCUGGGCAUGGCUCCUCGGGGCUCGAUCCAGCUCCUCCGGGAUGGGAAGUGGGAUUCGGAGAGUGAAGGUCACUAGAGGUGCUCCCCUUCCCUAUUAAAAUGCCUCUGCCCAUCCCCUGAGGAGGCCCUGCCAUGCCACCGGCGCACCUGGGUUAUCCACCCUUUUCUCCCAGGAGGUUGCAGUGACAUCCUGUUCUGUGGGUCCCCCCUUCUCCCCUGACCCCUGCCGCCUGCCUGGCUGCACGACCCAGGGCUGUGCCAGGAUGGGUUUAUGGACCAGCACCGGCGAAUGCACAUCAGACCGAUGCUGGGAGCUGCUGCCUCUGAAGGAGACACCUGGGCUCAGAGCCAGGCAUGCACUUGUUGGUGACCUUCAUCGGGGGGCAUCUUUACCUUCUCCCCUGCCCCCCAAGGAGGAGGACUUGCUCUACCCACCUAGUUCCUGCUCCACCUGCAGUGUCUAACGGUGUAACUGGAGGAAACCGUUCUGCCAGGCUGGUGGGACAGGCCCACGACCCCUCUUCUGCCCCGCUUGCAGAUGGAGCCCGGCGGAGCAUUGGUUACGGCCGUAAACCCUGGAAGCUCUUUGCCUUGGCCGUCUCCUUACACAGAGCUGAAGCCGUCUGCAGGGUGGCGCCCUGUUUGCUGCACCCAGGGUGGCAUGGGGGGAUUUUAAUGCUGCCCGUUGCCUCCACCGGCCCCUGGGUGCUGGGCUACUGGGGGCCCGUAGAGCAUAGGUGGAGGGCAGAGGCGUGCUGUGCCAUGUGCAGUAAAGUGUGCAAUUCCACACGUGCGUGCAAGGCAUGACCUUGUGCAAACAGCGUUUGCAAGGUCACACAGGGCGCAGGGGGCCAUUUUGUUCUACAAAAUGGCAUCCUCCCUGCGGGGGCUGGGUGGAAUUGGCCGUAGGGCUGGAGCACGCAGCGUGUACAUAGGCAGCAGGCCUCAGGGGGCUGGUUCACUCCCUGCUCCCUCUGUUGAUGGGACGCUCCGUGGGUUGUCACGCCAGGCAGGGAGCAAUCGAAACUGCUGGACUCACACCAGCCAGGGCGGUCGCUGCCUUACUCACCCUGCAGCGGGGGAGAUACAGGCCUGGCUUGGGGGGAGCGCAUGCUGCCAGGGGUUGGGGAGAAGCCUGGGCCUUGUCUCCUUCUUACUGGAAUCGAUCACCCCCCUGCUGGGGCUUCCUCAGCCUGCUGCAGUCAGGGUUGUUCUCUGUCCCUAGCUGUGGCUGGGCCUGCUAGCCAGCUUCCCCCUCCUCCCAUGCAGACCUGAGCCUUUACAAAGGCUCCCCAGUCCCUCAGAGUGCUUGAACUGGCCCCGGGCCUCGCCAUGAGGCACCUCCCCAUGCCCGUCCUGAUUGCUUUCCCUGCCCCUUCCCAUGCAGGAGGGAGGUAGUCCCCUUUCAGAGCCACCGUGCCUGUAUUCCCCCUUCGGUGAGGAUGCCCACUCUCAGCCCCCAGGCUGCUACCGCUCUGGGAUGGAGACCCCUCUCCCUCCCUUCUGACCAGGGUUCCCUGGGUUGUGCCCAGCACAGGCAGGCUGCCCGGGCAGGCCUGCUUGCUUUCCCCUCCGAGCCAGUUCCCAGUGACUGCCGUAGGUCUGGCAACCCCACAGCACUUCCUCCACUGGGCUGUUUUAUGGUUCAAGUAAAGGCACCGCAGAGAAACCAUUACAAGACCCUGCAUGCACAGCUUACCCCACCCCUCACAUGGGCUCUGGGUCCUUCACCCCCACACUCCAGGGGUUUCGGUGUGGUGUCUAGCUCGUCACAGCUUCAGCUCACACCAAGCACCCCGUCUUACGGGGCCUGGUCCUCCCACCCCUUUCUUGAGGAUUGGGGCCCGCUGUGGACCAGAGGUCCUAUCUGGGCUGGCUCAGGAGAAAAGCCCUGUGUACCUUUAAAACCAGGCUAUUUAUCCAGAAAUCCUUUCUUUGGCCCCGGGAGAAGGGAGUUCGAACUUGUCUUGCGUUUCUCCCCGGGGGCUGGCUUCAAAGGGCUGAUAACUGGAGGAAAUCGGGUAGCAUCCCCCUUCCAGCUGCACAAUUGCAUGUUUAACACAAUGGGCCCCGUGGCAUUAACGUUUAACUCACUUCAGUAACGUGAAUCUGACUUCCCCAAGGCUUGUCCAGGAUACCGCAGAACGGGGUCAGGCUGUAGGGAGCUGAACGGGUGGUGAGCCUGGGUUCUCUCUCUUCGCUCUCCUCUGCAUUUCUCCCCAGCUCGCUAAUUCCCUCCUUCCCAUGCACCCUCCCAACCUCCAAUAAAAUUCCAAACUUUUCUCCCUUACACAAUGGAGUAAAAGCA